AUGGAAAAAUCGCGUCGUACAGGUAUUAGCUGGGUAGAUGCUGCUAAGGCAACCUUUGUGGCCAUGAAAAACAAAACUGCAGGCGGUAUGAAUUGUUAUUACAUGGCCUAUAACAAAGAUAUGACACAGCAGUAUAUUCGUGAUGCCGUGUUUUGGGCUGGUAUCUACAAUGCUGCAGUCUCUAAUGUCUCAGAAUAUGAAGAAGUCUGGAAAGAUGGCGACGAAGAUAAAAGCUCUCAUGUCUUUAAGGUUAACUUUGAUAGCGGCCAUGUUGUUGAAGCAUUAUCUGGACAUGCGAGAAACCUGCGUAGUAAACAAGGUAGGUUCUGCUUUGAUGAGGCCGCUUUCCAUGAUAAUCCCGAAGAAGUUAUUAAGGCAGCUAUGGCUUUUUUAAUGUGGGGUGGCUGUGUUGCUAUUAUCUCAACUCAUAAUGGUGUUGAUAAUCCGUUUAAUGACUUAAUCAACGAUGUUAAAGAAGGCAGAAAACCUUACAGGCUUCACCGCGUAACACUCGAUGACGCAAUUGAUCAAGGACUCUGUAAGCGUAUCUUUCAGGUAACCGGUCGAGAUUGGUCACCUAAAGCACAAGAAGCUUGGCGGCAAGAAAUUAUUGAUUUUUAUGGUUCUGGUGCAGACGAAGAGCUAUUUUGUAUUCCAUCGCAAUCAGGUGGUGCGGCAUUAUCGCGAGCACUUAUUGAAGCACGUAUGCAGUCAGCACCUGUUUUACGGUUUUCAAGGCCAGAUGAUUGGAAGUUAUUACCAGAGCCUGUCCGUCGUCAAGAAAUCCAAGAAUGGCUAGCCUUGCAAGUCGAGCCAAUACUAGCACGUCUCAGCCCACGUUUAGAUCAUUAUCUAGGUGAAGACUUUGGACGUACGGGAGACUUAACAGUGCUUGCAAUUGGGGAGAUGCGACGUGAUCUUGUAUUAACUGUACCGCUGAUCAUUGAACUCAGAACCAUACCUUUUAGACAGCAAUACCAGGUUAUUGAGUUUGUUUUAGAACGGCUACCUCGUUUUGUAAAAGCAGCUUUUGAUGCCCGUGGUAAUGGUAGCCAGAUUGCAGAAGAGGCCGCAGAUCAGUUUGAUCAUAAUCGUGUUGAACAGGUGAUGCUAACGCCUAAGUGGUACCAAGAAAACAUGCCACCGUUUUUAGCUCGUUUUAGUGAUGCGACAAUUGAGCUACCACAAGAUAGCGAUAUUUUAAAAGAUUUACGACUACUUAAAACAGACAAAGGUGUUACCAGUAUACCCAGUGAUGCUAGGUUUCGUGGUGCUGACGGCGGACUUCGUCAUGGUGAUAGCGCGAUUGCUUUGGCGCUUUUAAGUUAUUCCACCUCUUUAGAAAUAGAAGUAUACGAGCAUCAUAGCUUGCAUCAAGACAGCGCACGCGAUUGGAUGCGUCCAAAUCACCAAGACCGCAGCCACAGGCAAGUACGCAGAGGUAAAAGCGGAAUUGGUAGCCUGCGUGGUGCGUAUUAA